UUUUUGUCCCUUUGCCCACCAAGCCUGAUGAACUGGCAGUACACUCCUUCUACUUAUGACCUCCUUGCGUUUUGCAACUGCGAAUGUCUUCCGCUGAACGCUCCCUGAUUGGCUCUGUAUUUGAGCGCAAGACAUCUACAGCCCAAAGCCUACCCUCUCCAAGAUUCGCAAAAACUCCUGGCUCAGGGUUUCCAGCUGUUCAACACAGGUCAAAGAGCGCAUUUGCUCGUGCCAAAGAAGAGGAAAGGGGCAGUAGCAAUGUCAGGCCCACAACUGUACCCCUCGUAAUACCUGCGGGUCCCGUCGGACAACCUCAAUCUCGAGACCUUGAGGUAGAUUCACACACCGCUGAUGAUGCUAUACGUCAACAGAUUAGUGAAGAGAACGAGCGCAGAGUGGCCAAUAUGACUGAAGAGGAGCGAGAAACAGAGAGGCGCGAGGUUUUAGAGCAACUGGGAAGUGGUGCAGGAGACCUUCUGGAGCGUGUACGCGCUGCAAGAUCAAGAAAGACAACGAAGGCUCCCGCUAUAGCUGAAGGUAUACUUGUACAAAAUGAGCAGGCUCCAGAGGUUUCCCGCGAAAUACCGAUCGUUUCUUCACUACCUGGUCUUGCUAUCAGACGCAACCUUUCAAGGGUCAAGAGCCUGGAAGAUUUCGGGAAAAGAGCUCCCCCAAUCCUGGUGAAAAGCAGUACUAGACCUUCGUCGCCCAGUAAAGCUGGUCGUCAACUUCGCUUUGCGGCAUUGACGCCUGCUGAUGUCUACGUGUAUGAGUCUGCCCCAGUGUCUCCCAAACGAAAGGCCCUUGCGCUCCCUCCGCCUCCAGAUGCUCCAGACUCAUCAAUUGUUUCUCUGGGCACCUUUAAAGAGAAUGGUUUGCCGCGGAAGCGACCCCUUUCUCCUACAACUCAUAAGGGUAACGACAGGCCUGUACAGAAGAUUACGAAUGAUAGAUCAGAGCCUGAGGAAGGCACUCCAGAAUAUAUUCGGAGACGAUAUUUCCCAAAUGUGCCUGCGGACAACCCAUCAGUGUCUUGGAUGAAAUCUUCGUCGUCUAAUUCGGAGCCCGUUUUACUCCGCUUCGAUCUGACGGGUGCUCCCAUACCUGCAGAAAUCUCCGCCACUUUGCCUUCUCAUCUGGGUUUGCACCAUCACGCGGAUGGAGAUCACGCAGGGUACACUCUUGAUGAUAUAUUUUUUCUGUCUCGCUCCACUGUCCCCGCGCAACGCACCACAAUGCUUAAUAUCUUGAUUGGAAUCGCGCGCCGGUUGGGCAUGCAAGCGAGGGACCCUCACUACGCAGACAGGAUUUCAGAGCUACAGGGGAAGGAGGAGGAACUACGAAAACGUAUUCUCACUGCCGGACUCUCCGCGAUGAACGAGAAAGGUGGCGUCGGUGUCCGGGCCAUUGAGGUUGUCUGGGAGUGUAUUGUCGGCUGGAAUGCCCUGUUUGAUGCUGAGCGUGCCGAGUUAGAUCUCGCUCCUGCCAUCAUGUCCGUUUUGCAAGUGCCCGACUUCCUCACCCAAGCCACAGAACUCUUCGCGCAAGCAUCCUUACCCCCCGAAUCUCUGGCCCAACUUCUGUCCAUUGUCUAUCAGUUAUCGCAGGAGUCGAAUAAUAUUGCUGAAUCAAUCGUGAAGACCCCUCGGUUGCUCUCCGCCCUAAUACAGACGUUUCUUCUUACGCCCAUACCACCCCCAUCAGACACACCCCUGCCUAACCCUGUCGCUCUCCGGUGCCUCAUUGUCCUUGCGUCAUCCUCUCGGACCAACGCUAUGGCACUAUGUGAGCCAGCCGAUGCUCUUCUUCGUUUUAUUACUAUGCUGCCUCCUACUUCGCCCUUCCCCGAGUCUCUUGCCACAAAUCUUCUCAUAGAAACCCUCCGCCUAUACGCCACUCUUGCCUCCUACGGUCUAUAUUCGCAUAUAGCGACAUCUGCCGCUUCCUAUUUUGCUUCUUUGUUCAUCUAUAUCGUCUCAUCUAACUCGAGACCGCUGAAAGUGGCAUGGGCAGGACUUGUGGAAGCAUGGAUAGUUUGUGCCACGGAUCCCCAUCACACGACUCCACCGCAUGAUAUCUUGUGGAGCCAGGUGACUAGCUGGGGCUGGGGUGCCGAGGUACUUCAGUUUCGCCAGGGAAUAACUGAAGGGGAAGCGGAAGUAUGGGCAGCCAUCUGGAGUGCUUCGUCUGCAUGGCUCGAGGGUGCUCGGGUCAACGGCAUCAGGGGAGGGGAGGGAGAGCGUGCAGAGACUCUCAACACAAUCCAGGACGGCUUUAUCAAGGGAGUUGAACAUAGCGUAGUAACAGCUUCCCUAGAAGCUCUGCGCACUGAACUCGCACAGAUACAUGACACACCACUACCAGAGCGAUAUCAGCGCCUGCAGCGUAUUGGCAUGCAUGCGCGCGUGCUUUCCUCUGCGGUCCGUCUCUGGCUUGCAUGCACGGCUAUCGCGAACACCGACGCGAACAAUACCGCACCGCUUGGUACCCCCGCCCUAUCGUCCUUCUGUGCCUUUGUCGUCUCGCAUUCCCUUUGGUCGCUUGUUACAGGUGUUGAGCAAGCUGCCUGCAAGCACCUGGCGACAUUUUUGGCGUAUUUCCAUAGAUUAUCGCGACAUAUUCCAGGGACCUCACCUGAUCUCUGGGUUGCACAGGGUGUGGCAAUUCUCGAAAGGCAGCUCCCUGGAGAAGAAGAGCACGCUUUUCAGAUCCUUGGGGCUAUUUUAGCGAUCCUCACGCCACAGUUCCUCGGCGCAAUGGCACCCCCUAGCAUUUGGGAGAAGGGCGGAUGGAGCGUGAUCAAGCCUUUUCUGGACUACGCAAUUCGCCCGAACCGGGAGGUAUACAUUGCCCCCAGCGACGUCACACCGGAAUCGAUCAUGCGGUGUACAACUCUUCGCCUUCCGUCGUCCAGCUCCUUACCAUCUGUCCCCGAUGAGCAUCGCCUAACUGGCCUUCCGUUGCCUCGUGUGUGGCUUACCUCACCAAUUGACCAUCUUCUCCGGUCCGGGUCUUCGCCCGUUUUUAAGGCACUUCCUUCCUCUUGGGACGCAUCGGAAGUUGACAUCGUUCGCACGUCGCUGCUGCUUGCCAAAGCUACGCAAGAAAUUGUAGUGCGAUAUAACUUAAGCCAAUUCGCCCUGAAGCGCUCAGAGAUGGUUUUUGCUUGCAUGAAAGUGUUCAUGCUCGAACACGGCCAGCAGCAGGAAUAUCCCUCGUCAGCAACAGGAGACGAAGAAGAAGUGUUCCGAGAUCACAUUGUUUCGAAAUUAAUGUCUGACCUCCUCGCACCUUUUACCCUCGGUGCUACCUCCACUUCGUCACCCUCAUCCAAAUUGCCUGAUAUUGACCUGGAGCAGGCCUCUCUGCCAUUCCUCGGAUCGGGCACACCUUUUUACCAGUUCUACACGGACUUCCUGGCACUAUACGACGCUAUCUCCUUCUCACACCCGAUCUUUGCAUCCCUUCUCCUUCCACCUCUUGCGCUAACCUAUCCCAUCGACUAUCGUCGGAUACUAUGGGCAGACUUUGCGCAUGUGCUGCGUACUGUACGUACCCCUGUGGACCAGGUCGUCGCAGGGGAUCUCAGAGAUUUCUUGUACCCGGUCGAGAAAGGUGAAAUGAUCGGAAAAUACGUCGGUCCGCUUCUCCAAGGAUCAGUGGAUGGAUUCCUGUGCCUUGUUGCGGUACAUCACGUGGCGUGCAAUAUCUGGCCUGAUCUUCGAUCCGAGGAAGUUGGGGCUGAGCAGGAGGAUGUAGCCAAGAAGCUGUUGAAGUUGGUGGUGGAGAAAGGAGAUGGACGCGUUGUGCGUGAGGUGCUGAGGUAUCGACAGGUUCGUGAAGAAACGGUUGUUUAUCCCCCUGCUUGCUUUGAAACAAGUGGGGAGUGGAUAGCAGACCGAGCGAAAUUUGCUCAGCAGGCGCUGGGCAACGAGUUGCAUGAAAGACUUCAGGGCGUGUUUUAUGGCCCGUAGUAAUAUUGGAUGUUCAAAUGCGGCGGCUGAGGCAUAUGGAUUACAUCUCGGUUGCCCGUUUAAUAUUUAUCACACGACAAAACCUGAUAACUUGCAUCCCACCGUUGGGGGUUCCUGAUGCAGGCGGCGGAUUGUGGUGAUAGAAUGAAUCGGAAUCGUUGCUUGAAAUGAA